UAUAGUGUGAUUGCUAGCUAGAGUGACGUCCCCUGAGGAAUUGGUAAUGUCCGGUUAAUUUCACAGUAAUAUUAACAUCAACACCAGGAGCAGCAUGGUGUCUCUUUGGCGGCGAAUUUACUGUUGGCGUCAUUAGUUCUGGUUAAGUCUAAACCAUAAGGAAAGAAAUGGAAAAGUCUGAUUCAAUGAGCAGUCUAUCAGCAUCUGACACUUCAAUUAGUUAUGCAAGUGAUGAACAUUCAGGGAGUCUCAUCAAUAACUUUGAAUCCUUCAGGACAGAGGGAGGGUACAGCGAUAUUACAAUCCGCGUGGAUGGACGGGAGUUCCCAUGUCAUCGGGUCAUUCUGGCAGCAGGUUCUGCCUAUUUCAAAUGUAUGUUCUCAUCGGGCAUGGAGGAAUCUUUCAAAAACACAAUAGAUUUAAAGCAAAUAGAUGCUCAUGUGUUUGAACAUCUUCUGCACUUCAUCUAUACUGGACGGGUACAGAUCACUGUGAGUAUCGUCGAAGAACUGUUUCGUCAAGCAUACCUGUUCCAAGUUACUCCCCUUGUAGACCUGUGUCUUAAGUUUUUCAAGGAGAACAUGAAUGAGACAAACUGUUUGGCAGCGUUGACCUUGGGGGAUAGUCAUGCUCACCGACCACUGUACGAGUUUGCUAAGGAGUAUGCUUGUCACCAUUUCCAGAGCAUCAGACAAGAUGAAGACUUCACUAAAUUGUCCAUAGAAUGUGUUGUAGACCUACUCAGUGACCGACGACUACAAUGUACCUCUGAGGAUGAAGUGUUUGAAAGUUCCAUAAAAUGGCUUGAUUAUGAACUAGAUAAUGAUAAUAGAAAAUCGUUCCGUUUUAAGAUAUUGGAGUGCAUCAAGUUUCCAUUACUCAGUCAAAUUUUUCUCUUAGAUGUAGUCACUAAGUCACCACAUGUGAUGCAGGAUGAGAGAGGGAUGGAGCUGUAUAAUCAUGCCAUAACAUACCAUAAUGUCCAUUCUAGACGAGGCAUGCUUCCUUCAUACCAGAUCACCCCCCGGUUAUCAUGCCCUAUGUAUGAAGCAGCAGUAUUGCUGGGUGGCCGCUUGUCAGAUGGUCUGAGCAAUGAGGUGGAAAGCUUCCGUGCAGAUACCAAACAGUUCACUACACUAAAACAGCUUCCCUUCAAAAAGAGAAAUGAAUUUGCAGUGUGUGCAUAUGCCGAUAACAUUUACGUUUCGGGUGGCUUGCGUAGCCAGGAGUUCUGGAAAUAUGACAGUGUGUUUGAAACUUGGAUUCGUGGUUCUAAUAUGAUGCAUGCAAGGAGGCGACAUGCCAUGACUGUAGUUGACGACUGUAUUUAUGUGCUAGGUGGAUUUGAUGAGUACAAUGUACUUGGUUCCAUUGAAGUGUGGAGGAGUCUGACCAACUGCUGGUCUGAGACCGGAACUCUUGUCCAUCCGGUGGAGAACAUGGGCUAUGUCUCGUACAACAAGAAAAUUUACCUGUUUGGAGGUAAAAACUGUGAGGAAAUUGUCACAGAUGUUGUGCAGUGUUUUGACACCAUCACAAACACUACAACUUUAUUAACACGAACACUGCCAGCUAGUGACAUGUGCCUAAAUGGGUCCAUAUUAAAUGGACAGAUUUAUGUAGUUGGGUUGGAGGGCUGCUUUAGAUAUACACCAGAUUCUGACACCUGGGAUGUGUUACCUGAUUUGAGUUGUGCACGUGACUUUGUGAGUUUAGCUGUUCUAGAAGAGAAGUUGUAUGCAUUUGGAGGAAGACGACGUGGAGCGAAAGACAACUUGUACACAGACAUCAUUGAGUGCUUUGACCCAGUUAAGAACAGCUGGGAUAUCUGUGGGAAUACCCCUAUUCCCAUGUACUCAUAUGGCUGUGUGCGAAUCAUGCUGCACAAGAAAAAGGAGCCAGAAACUGGCAUAAGCCAGGUAGUUCCACAUCAGAUACAAAACUAGUCAUUGUACAGAGACUAAAAGUGGCAUCACAGCCAAAUACAAAACUAGUCAUUGUACAGAGACUAAGAGUGGCAUCACAGCCAAAUACAAAACUUGUCAUUGUACAUAGACUAAGGGUGGCAUCACAACCAAAUACAAAACGUGUCAUUGUACAGAGACUAAGAGUGGCAUCACAGCCAAAUACAAAACGUGUCAUUGUACAGAUCGAGACUAAAAGUGGCAUCACAGCCAAAUACAAAACUAGUCAUUGUACUGAGACUAAGAGAGGCAUCACAGCCAAAUACAAAACGUGUCAUUGUACAGAGACUAAGAGUGGCAUCACAGCCAAAUACAAAACUAGUCAUUGUACAGAGACUAAGGGUGGCAUCACAGCCAAAUACAAAACUUGUCAUUGUACAGAGACUAAAAGUGGCAUCACAGCCAAAUACAAA